UCAUCCUAACCUGCUUCUGUGCAACCUUUUCUAGAAGGUUCUUUUUGCUGUUACAACUUUGGAUUGAAAUCUCCGUUUUGAUAAAUUGAUGUUCAGGUAUGGUCAUAUACGGUGUUUACAUCGUUUCUAAGUCCGGGGGCUUGAUUUUCAACCUGGACUUAGACCACAACGUGCCCAACGUCGUCAACGAGUGCACAUUCAAAAGCCCGGAAGAAGUUGAUUUCAAAUUGGUCAACGAGAACAAACGCGUUGUCGUUUCCUUCGGCCAGCACGACGGUGUCAUGGUUGGACAUGUCCUCAUAGAAAUAAACGGCAUUGUUGUGACCGGUACUCAACUAGAUGAUGGUAGGGAUGCCUUUGAAGUAAUCGAGGAUGCCUCAAAUUACCCAUUGACUUUAAAGUUCACCAAGCCCAAAGUGACCACGAAUGAAAAGAUCUUUCUUGCCAGUAUGUUUUAUCCUUUGUUUGCACUCGCCAGCCAGCUGAGCCCGGAGCCAAAAAGUUCCGGCAUUGAAGUCCUCGAAGCCGACACUUUCAAGUUGGAGUGCUUCCAAACACUGACUGGUGUGAAGUUCAUGAUAAUAUCUGAACCUGGGCAGACAGGGCUUGACACGAUUUUGAGAAAGAUUUACGAGCUGUAUGCCGACUACGCACUGAAGAACCCUUUCUACUCACUCGACAUGCCGAUCAGGUGCGAGCUUUUCGAUUCCAACCUUAAAGCUCUCUUGGAUCAGGCGGAAAAGUCACAUGUGACAAAUAUAUGAUAAAUUGUGAUAACUUUGCUUUAAGAGGAACUGUGACAUUCCACAAAUCUCAGUGAAAAAACAACAAAAAACUUUUAUAUACAAUGUAUUUAUUAUUAACAUUUUGUGUAAAUAUUUGUUAUUUAUAAA